UCGCACACCGUCAGCUUCACAACGGGAUCCGCUCGUAUCUGGUUUCUUAUGUGUACCUGAAUGAGUUGUUCACCCCUCAUGGAAUAACCGGAGAUCACAUUUGUGUUGGUGUUCUGCUAAAAAAAAAGUUUUCGCUUUGAUGUCAACUCAAAUUCUCACCUCAGAACCCAGAGGUGGACGCAUUCCUGGGAUAAUUUAAUUGAUUAACCUCUGACUGAUGAUUGGCAACCAGACACAGCUUGUGCCAUGAGUUGAUCCCUCUUCAAGGCCGCCUUCUCCCCGCGUGAACAUGGUGAACGCGGGCCUCUGUGAGAUCGGCCGGAGCCGGAGGUGGCGGGGCCGAGCCGGACUGUUCCGGAGUGCUCUGGCCGUGAUGCUGCUGGGGCUCGGCUUGGCUCAGACUGUCCACCAACAGGACUCCUGCUCGGCAUCCCAGAGCCCGCAGAACCUCACGCAACCUCAGUACAAGGCCGCAGCCAAAGAGGACCCCGGUGUGGGCUUUUUGUCGGCCUUCGUCCAGUCCUUCCUCGGCACAGUCCAGCCUAAACCCCUUCCCUCAGAUUUGCUCUUGAAAAUCAUUGCUGGACCCGUAAACACGCUGUCAGAUAAAGAAUUCAUUAAAAAAGUUCUGGUUCAUGAAAUCGGCUUCCUGGUGUGCGUUGCCAUUGGCGUCCUGUACAUAGUCCUGAUGCCCGUAGUUUGUAUCUUCCUGGCUUGCUGUCGCUGCUGUGGCAACUGUGGGGGGAAGAUGUAUCAGAAGCAGACGGCCUCCAUUCACUGCCUCAGAAGAACUCUCUACUUUGGCACAUUCGCCACCACAAUCAUUAUUUUAGCGGGGAACAUCUGUAUGUUCAGAAGCAAUGAAGCUUUUAAAAUGAGCAUGGACCGGAGUCCAGUGGAGCUCAAGAACACUCUGAGCAACAUCCACACAUUCUUCACUGCUGUGCCCAAGGCAAUACGUAUGAUUUUUUUUGUACUUUAUGUUGUACACUUUGACACAUGGGUUCUCCCCCGUCUCCAGCAAGUUGAUCACGUGGUGGACGAGAGCUACAGAACUGUGAAUCAAGUCAACGGAAACCUGGAUGCUAUUGGAGCUCUGCUGGGAGCAGCAAUCCAGCAGCACUUCAGAGGAACUCUGGAUCCAGCACUGCACUCAGUUAGACGUCUAAACCAAGAGAUUUCAAACAUAAGUGUUCAGCUGGACAAGCUGAACUCGUCUUUGGUUCAGCUGCAGUCCAGCUCUGACCGACUCCAGGCCAACGUCACUGCUGUGAAGAAUCAGAUCAAUCAGACGCUGACCAAUCCAAGCUGUUUGGGAUGUAGCAACAGAACUGCUGAGUUGGAGAAACUGACGCUGGACACCACCAUAACAUUUCCCAGCCUGAGAGAAUUUCAAUCUGCAGUGGACAAAGUCACCGAAAUGAAUCUUCAGACCAAAAUCGAUGAGGUGAACCAAUAUUUUCGGAACAUUCCACAGACGGUGACGAAUGAUACCAAAGACGUGGUUCAAAAGAGCAAACAGGCGCUGGAUGAUAUAAAAAAACAGAUUUCCGGGGUUUCCAAUGAAAGUCUAUUGACGGCUUUGAGCACGGUGUCAGAGUCUCUGAACCAGGUGCAAAAGGACAUUGACGAGUACCUGCCUUUGGUGGAGAGAGCAGAGAAUAUCAGAUGGAGUGUGUGUGUGGCCCUGUCCUGUGCCGUCCUCCUGGUGGUGUUGUGCAACUGCCUGGGUCUGAUCCUGGGUCCUCUGGGUCUGAGCCCAAAAGCGGACCCAAAGAAGCGCUCCUGCACGGCAAACUGCGGAGGCACCUUCCUCAUGAUGGGUGCAGGUUUCAGCUUUCUCUUCUCCUGGCUGUUGAUGAUACUGGUGCUCCUGCUGUUCUUACUGGGCGGAAACGUUUACGCCCUGGUCUGUCGCCCAUGGAACAAUGGACAGCUGCUCAAGUUCCUUGAUUCACCAGGUGUGAUUGAAAACUUGAUCACUUUACUACCUCAAAACAUCAAAUUCUCUCAACUGUAUAGCGACUGUGAGAAAGACCAGCCCCUUUGGACAACACUUCACUUGCAUGAGAGCAUAAACAUUGAAGACCUGCUCAAUGUCUCCAAAUACACAGAGCAGAUCCAAAAGGAGUUUGAGAGCACAGAUAUCACUCUUUCCUCAUUCACUCUCCUGAGCACUGAGGUUAAAAACCAGCUCGGUAACAUCUCUGCCAAGAUUCUAAAUUUUGAUGCCACCACUCUUACACAGCAGAUGAACAAUGUUUCAAAGAUCAAUCUGAAUACAACCGCAGAUGAAAUUGAAACAUUUUCAAAUUAUCAGAAUCAAGAGAUUAAAGAAGAACUCCAUAAUGAAGCCGUGGCACUGAGGCGGAUCCAAGCCGACAUAGAAACACUCAUCUUUCCAGAACUGCAAAACCUGAAUUUAACCUUGAGGAGCCUUGGGUGGACUGCAGAAAUGCUGAAUGGAACGGUGGGGGAGGUGCUGGGCAGGGUCGGAGCAGCACAAGACUUUCUCAACACGAACACAACGCUAAUCGUCAGGACUGAGAGCAGAAGCUUUUUGGACUGUCAGCUGGAUUAUUUCACUGCUUACGCUGAUUGGGCCAUCCUCGCGUUAACACAGCAGGUGGGCCGCUGCAGGCCGGUGGCAGGAGCUGUGGACUCUGCUGAGGUCAUCCUCUGCUCUAAUCUUGUGGAGUCCUUGAAUGCAUUCUGGUUCGGCCUGGGCUGGUGCAUGGUAUUCUUCAUCCCCAGCAUCAUUUUCUCUAUCAAACUAGCAAAAUACUACAGGAGAAUGAAAUACUCCGACUACGAUGGGAUGCCUUCGACUUCUCCUCAAGUCUGUGUUUCCAACAACCACAUAAUCAUGAACCACUUCCCCAGGGCACAGAUGAAAAUGCCCUGAGAAGAUGAGGCCUAAAAAAAAGCUGCAAGCACAAAUGUUACUUGACAAAAUCAAAACCCCUCGCAGCAGCAGCAUCAGCUUCUGGACAAAUGACUGAAAGACUAAAUGUUUCCCUUUCUGAGGCAAAAGUUGCUUUUAAAGUGGCUGCAGUGUAGACACUGGGUAUUUGAGAUGCACCUCUGGGGGAACACAGGGAAUGAGGAACUCUGCAGGGAUCUCUGUGAGAAUCUGUUUUACCGAUGUCCAUAAAUGCUUCGUAUGCACUCCAUUGAAAAACUUAGCUGCUGCUGAUUCAGCUCCUUUUUUAGAUAUUUGUAUGCAAAUGACUCUGAGAAUGUAGUUGAUAAAACACUACUAUGGUUUGCCACUGGGAUGUGCCUUUUUGAGUGAAUCGUUAACUAAACUUGCACAAAUACUGGAAAUCACUAUUUUUAUGCGUGGAACAUUAAAUGAAAGCCUUAAUCACGUUAAAAACACUUCUUUAAUGUCAUGACUUCUCUGUGGUUUCUUAACUCUGUGAUAUCAUUAUUGUUUUUUU